AUGGUCUGUGUUACUACUCCAAGAUUCUCUUUCAUGAUUAAUGGGGCUCAAACAGGUUGCUUGAAGUCUAGGAGAGGUUUAAGGCAAGGGGAUCCCUUAUCCUCUUUGCUGUUUGUUAUUGGUAUGGAGUAUCUUUCGAGGAUAAUGGUGGCAGUUGGGAAUCAUAAGGAUUUUAAAUAUCACCCAAGAUAUACAUCUGGUUUAAAAGCUAACAAAGCUAAGUCAGCCAUAUAUGGUGUUGGGUUGCAUGAUGGAGAUUGGAAUAGGAUCACUGAUAUGACUGGGUUUAGCAGAAGUAAGCUUCCUUUCAAAUAUUUAGGAAUGACCAUAAGCAAUUCUAGAAUAACUCAAGCUGAUUGUGAUUGUUUAUUUGAGAAGAUUUCUCAAUUGAUUAUCUUGCCCCAAAUGGUGAUUAAAAGAAUCAAGCAAAUAUGUAGAGCAUUUCUUUGGAAAGGUUCAGAGUAUAUGGACGGGCUAGGUCGAGUUUCAUGGACUGAGAUUGAGAAGAGUAAAAAUUUUGGAGGUCUUGGCUUUUCAGACAUUGGCUUGUGGAACAGGUGUGCCAUUGGGAAAUAUGUUUGGGCUAUAGCUAAAAAGGAGGAUAACCUUUGGGUGAAGUGGGUUCAUUCGGUGUACAUUAAGGAGGCAGACUGGUGGGGCUAUAUGGCUCCUACAACUAGUAGUUGGUACAGGAAAAAAGUAGUUAAAAUAAAGAAUGAAUUCAAGGAAAUUAUGAUGCACAAUAUCCAGAGUUGGCCUGCUUGUACCAUUGCUCAGUUAUACAAGUUGCAGAAGGAUAAGUCAGAUGUGAAGUGGCAAUAUUCUUUCAUUUGGGACAGACUUGGAAUUCUGAAACACAAAUUUGUGACUUGGCUGGUUUUAAAAAAAAGGUUACCAACUAGGGAUCGACUUCUCAGAUUUGGUUGUGUGUAG